CAACCUUUUCCCUUAUUAUAGUCGUUUUUCCCACCAUCUUAACCAUAUUCUUACCAUCUUUACCAUUUUCUCGCUCCGCCCCAUACACUAUUUGCUUUAUUUCUUCUCAACAUGACUACAUCUAUUCUCCAAUUCAAUAAUGAAGCCGAAAUUGCACAGGCUGUCGAGACGAGCCGUCAGACAUUCAAGGCAGGUUACACUAAACCGAUCAAGUUCCGCCGUCAUCAACUGGAGCAACUAUGGCUCCUGCUUGACGAGAACCAGGAUGCAAUCUGCGAUGCUGUCUUCAAGGAUCUGCACAAGCAUAGAAAUGAGACUCAGCUGGGUGAGAUUGCCCCAUCAAAAGAGGAGAUUCGGGAUGCGCUCGAGCAUGUUGAUGAAUGGGCCAGAGACGAAAAGGUCGCCCCUUUCUCUCUCGUGAACAAGUUUGGUGUGACAUGCUACAUGCGCAAAGAGCCUAAGGGAUCCACGUUGAUUAUCUCCCCUUGGAACUAUCCCAUCUAUCUUACAAUGGGACCCCUGGUUGGAGCCCUUGUAGCUGGAUGCACGGCCAUCGUUAAGCCCUCGGAAGUGGCUCCACAUUCAGCCAAGCUCUUGACAGAUUUACUCCCUCGCUAUCUUGAUAGUCGCGCUUAUAUUAUUAUUAAUGGAGGCGCACAUGAGACUACAAAAUUGCUUGAGUACAAGUGGGAUCACAUCUUCUAUACCGGAAAUGGCACUGUAGCCAAAAUUAUUAUGAAAGCUGCUGCUGAACAUUUAACUCCAGUUACCCUCGAGUUGGGCGGCAAAUCACCCGUAUUUGUAGAUGAGGACACAAACAUGGCUAUCGCUGCCAAGCGUAUUGCCUUUGGAAAGACAUUUAAUGCUGGCCAGACAUGCGUUGCCCCAGAUUACCUUCUGUUGACGGCCAAGGCUGAGGAAAGACUUGUCCCAGAACUGAAGAAGACGCUUAAAGAAAUGUAUGGUGAAAAUCCUCAGGCGUCUGACUUUGCACGCAUUAUCAACAACCGCCAUUUCCAUCGUUUAACUAAUGUUCUGAAGGGGAACAAAUCGGGCAAGAUUGUGGUUGGGGGACAAACAGAUGAGAAGGAUUUGUAUAUUGCGCCAACAGUGAUUACGGGUGUGGACAGAGAGGACAAGUUGAUGGAAGAUGAACUCUUUGGACCAUUCUUGCCCAUUAUUCGUGUGGCAGAUGUAGAUGAUGCGAUCGAGUUCAUCAACUCCAAGGACGACCCUCUGGCACUGUAUAUUUUUUCGACCAACAAGAAGCUAACCAAAAAGAUCUUGGACUCAACACGAUCGGGGGGUGUAGUUAUUAACGAUACAUUGAUGCAUGUCACCGAAGGAGCUCUGCCCUUUGGAGGAAUUGGCCCCUCUGGAUUAGGUUCGUACCAUGGAAAGAAAUCAUUCGAUGCUUUCACACAUGAGCGUUCCAUCUUGGUCAAACAGCUAAAUAUUGUGUCAGAAGCAGUUCUUAAGGCCCGCUAUCCGCCUUAUACAAGCAUUAAUUUGAAGCUCGGUCGCUUCGCGCUCGAGGGUGUCCCUCAUUUCAGGAAGAACUUUAUCAUGAAGUACUUUAAGUGGAUUGUCAUUGCACUCAUCUUUGGCAUCGGUUACAAACGCAUUGCGUAGUUUUUUGUAAAGCAGGCCU